UGUGUUUGUGUGGACAUAUACGCGGAGGUGUGCCAUGCGUAUCAGCUGCUGUUGAGAGGCGGGCUGAGGGGGGAGAACAUAGUGGUGAUGAUGCACGACGACAUCGCCCACAACCCCCUCAACCCGAGGCAGGGCGUCAUCAUCAACCACCCCCAGGGCCAAGACGUUUACGCUGGGGUCCCCAAGGACUACACCAGGGAGCAAGUCACUACGAAGAACUUGUAUGCUAUGCUUUUGGGUAAUAAGAGUGACAUAGAAGGUGGAAGUGGAAAGGUCAUAGACAGCAAAUCAGAUGAUAGAAUACUCAUCUACUACUCAGACCAUGGAGGCCCUGGGGUCCUUGGAAUGCCCAACAUGCCAUAUCUUUUCGCUGCUGAUUUCAUUGAAGUAUUGAAGAAACAUGCAUCCAGUAGUUACAAAGAAAUGGUUAUCUAUAUAGAAGCAUGUGAGAGCGGCAGCAUAUUUGAAGGUUUAAUGCCAGAAGACUUGAACAUAUAUGUGACAACACCAUCAAAUUCUGUGGAAAGCAGUUGGGGUACAUAUUGUCCUGGGAUGGAUCCUCCUCCCCCUCCUGAAUUUUUUAUUUGCCUUGGUGAUUUGUACAGUGUUGCAUGGAUGGAGGACAGUGACGUCCACAAUCUAAAGGAGGAGACCAUUGGGAAGCAGUAUGAACUGGUGAAGAUGAGGACAUCCGGUUAUGACACCUAUAGAGCCGGGUUUUUUUACCAGAGCUUUGACCCUUCUAAUGCCAAUGUUACUGAGAAUGUCGUUGAUCUAAGAAUGCAGAUGGGGGCCAUCAAUCAGAGAUGCUGAUCUUCUCUUCUUGUGGA